AUGAGCAACGCGGCUGCUGACCUGGCGCGCCUCGUCGCUGACGUGGCGGGAGGGAGAGCUGACGUGGUGAUUGGUCAUUCCAUGGGCGGGAAAAUUGCGCUGGAGUAUGUGAGGAGGGCUCGCGCGGGGGAAUUGCCAGUGAUGCUGCCGCAGCAGCUGUGGGUGCUGGACUCAGUGCCAGGCCGCAUAUCUGACUGCACAUUGGGUGAGGAUGCGGAGAGAAGGGACGUUGAAAGGGUUAUUGCCACCCUGCAGGAGCUGCCUCGGCCCAUCCCCUCUAAACGGUGGCUUCUCCAGGAGCUGACUCAGCGCCGAGGCUUCUCCUCAGGCUUGGCAGAGUGGCUUGCCACGAGCCUCAGACCCAUAGCUGCUUCGUCUGGCUCAGCUGGUUCGGCUGGUUCUGCUGCUGCCGGGGCUGGCGUGAAUGGGGAGAUGGAUUGGGUGUUCAACCUGGAUGGCGCGGUUUCUCUCUAUAACAGCUACAGGUGA